GCGAGUGGACACACAACAAAGUAAUUUUAGGAAAAUUUCCGUUGUUGUGCACCUUCGUGCGUACUUGAUUUUACGAUUUUUUGUAAACAACUGCAAAGGAAAAAUAGUAGAGACGUCGAUCCAGCUGUUAUGGUGCAGUAACCAUGUGAAAUUCGAGUGGGAAUAGACAAAAUUGUCCCUUGAAGUCGGAUGAUGUUCAGCAGCGAAUCUCCAACGCCAUCUUGGAACCCUACCCCCACGUCUGUAGGCAGUGCAAAAGUGGGGACCUUUGCGAGACCAUUGCAAGACGUUUCAGGUACUUCGGCUUCUGAAAAAAACGUAGCCCUGGAUCCGAGAAAGCAAGAGUUGCUGGAAGCAAGAUUUUUGGGGUCCCGGACGGUGUCGUUCGGACAGAACCAAGACUCGAACAUGAGUGCUGCCAGCAACGUCUCUUCGAAUGGUGAUGAUAAGACUGAUAGCAACCAGCAGCUAACGCCGGAUAAGAUGAAGUCCCCAACGAGCGUGGAGAGAAAACGCAAGAGAAAGAAUGCGGAUCGUGAGAUCUCUGCAGAUGGACAGCAACCACCAAAAGGUUCCCAGACUGCCAAGAAAAUUAAUGAAUAUUUCAACUACAAGAGUGGACAUAGUCCUAGUCACAGUGGCGGCCCCUAUAAUCAGCAGAGCAAGAGCCAAUCACCUCAAAACUUCCCUCCAGGCUCACACCUACAGCCUCAGUCUCCUCAGCAGGACUUUUCAGGACUGUUGGCGCAAGGGACCACUCAAAAGGGCAGUCUUCGAAAGAAGGAUCACAUGCAGCCACAGUCACCACUCCAGCAGCAGUUUGCCAGCUUUCCUCAGCUGUCUGUUAGCAACAACAUGCAGUCAUCCAACUCCAAUCACGAUUAUGCGUCGAUGGGGGGGAUACCAAGCCACCUACACACGCGGACUGCACAUAAACAGAUACAGACGGACAUGACAAUGCGAAGUUUGGUAGAUCUGGAGGCUCAGUCGUCUACAGAGCUACAGCAACGCGACACGAAGAUCGAGGAGAUGAUGAGGUCGAACGACGAAUUGAAGAGGCAACUGACAGCUCAGCAGAAACUGGUCGAACGGCAGAAGGAGUCUCUAAAUAAGUGUGUCGACAUGAACAAGACUCUGCUAAUAGAAAAGGUGAAAAUGGAGAAGCAGGCAGCACGGCAGAAGUGCAUGGCUAACAGGCUACGUCUAGGACAGUUUGUCACGCAGCGGCAGGGAGCAACGUUUGUCGAAAACUGGGUUGACGGAUAUUCCUUUACAGAAAUAAUUAAACAACAGGAGUCGAUAGCUCAGCAUCGAGAGGACAUAGAGAAGAUGAGGAAGCAGCUCGUUAAGCGAAGGCAGGCCAGCGACGCCGUCUCCUCCGUCAAGCAGCCAAAGACGACCAAGAAGAUAAACGGGCCGGCAGGCAACGAGGAAUUCAUCGUGCCUCAGUCACUCAGCCUCAAGGAAUGCAUGACAGGGUCGGAUUUAUACGAGCAGGACGAGAUCCUUAAACUACGGGCAGCAACACUAAAGAAAGAAGACAUGGAGUUGCAGAUGGAGAUGGAGAAGCUGGAGAGAGAACGAAACUUGCACAUCAGGGAACUCAAACGUAUCCAUAACGAGGACCAGUCUAGAUUCAAUGAUAACCAAGUCCUACACGAUCGAUAUCUGCUUUUAACACUCUUAGGGAAAGGUGGAUUCUCAGAAGUGCAUAAAGCGUUUGAUCUAAGGGAGCAGCGAUACGUGGCUUGUAAAAUACAUCAACUGAAUAAAGACUGGAAAGAUGACAAGAAGGCAAAUUAUAUCAAGCAUGCGUUGAGAGAGUACAACAUUCACAAGUCGCUGCAUCAUGCGAGGAUUGUCCAGCUUCACGACGUGUUUGAGAUUGAUCAGAACUCUUUUUGUACGGUUCUGGAAUACUGUGAUGGAAACGACCUUGACUUCUACCUGAAACAGCACAAGCAGAUCCCGGAGAAGGAGGCUCGCUCAAUUAUUAUGCAGUGCGUGAGCGCGCUCAAGUACUUGAACGAGAUUAAGCCACCGAUUAUUCACUACGACCUCAAACCCGGUAACAUUUUGCUCGGAGCUGGUGCGUUAGCAGGCGAGGUCAAGAUCACGGACUUUGGUCUGAGUAAAAUAAUGGAUCCAGAGAACUACGACUCCGAGUCAGGCAUGGACCUCACAUCUCAGGGCGCAGGCACUUACUGGUAUUUACCUCCAGAGUGCUUUGUUGUGGGCAAAGAACCACCAAAGAUAUCCAAUAAGGUAGACGUGUGGAGUAUAGGAGUCAUAUUCUACCAGUGUCUGUAUGGUAAAAAGCCGUUUGGUCACAACCAGUCGCAGGCUACGAUACUGGAGGAAAACACGAUCCUUAAGGCAACACAGGUGGAAUUUCCUGCCAAGCCACCUGUCAGUUCUGAAGCUAAGAACUUUAUCCGGAAGUGCCUGGCCUACCGCAAGGAGGAGCGUACGGACGUGUUAGACAUGGCCGUCGACACGUACAUCAGGCCUCCGCGGCGCGGCGCCGACAAGAGCGGGGAUCGAGCGGUCAGCAGCAGGACGGCGUCACCUUUGCCGUGCCGUCCAGCGCCGCCAGCAUGACGAGCGUAGGUCGUGGCCCGGCCGGCGCUCUAUAGUGAUCGGGGCGCCCCCUGGCGUUGUCUCGCGCGCGCACGCCGGGGGACCCCAUCGUCGCGUUUGUACAUAAAUUUGUGAUUAUUAUUAUUGCGCAUGUGCUGUGUAAGCACCUGUGUAAGCACCUGUGUAAGGCGCUGUGUAAGGUGCUGUGUAAGCACCUGGCCGUUUCAUUCGAGAAUUCAAACUGUGAGUGUGGCACUGCUGUAGGAGUGGUUAAACUGCUAGGGUGGGGAGCGGGAGGGGUAGCGGGAGGGAGUGAGGGGAGCUCGUCUCUGUCUCGGGUAAACCAAGACCAUGUGUAUUAUAGUCAAGUGAAAUGGCCACUGGUUGUAAAGUGGUUGUUUUGGUAAUGCUUUGCAUCGAAGCAUUUCUGUUUAUAACAGAGACUGGCGCUAGUAUUGCUGGUUUUGUUUCAUGGAACUAUCUAUCAAUAGAAUUACCUUUCAACAAUUACAAUAUAAUAACGGUUAACCACGCUAAACGUUCUUAUCGAGAAACUUGUCAAGCCGAUGCAGGCAGUGGGAUUCUACACAGUAUUGCCGGUUGUUAUUAGAUAGCACUUUUUGUCCGGUAUUACAGAAAAGUUACAGUUAACGUGCAGGUGACAGGGAAUGAAUCGUUAAUCGUAUGAUUUCCUCAGGCUACAACUGAAAGAGAUGUUAACGUGCACUGCAACUCUUCGAGACAAAUUGUGGCGGAAAUUGCCCCUAUUUCUACUCCAUUGUGUCACGAAUACUGUGCGCGCUGAGUGUGGAGGGGGGGCUCAGGAACAAAACUCAUCGACAAGCAUGACAAAGUUUUCUUCGGCUGCUAUAACAUUGGUUUUCUACUGAAGAAAGGUCAUCCUUAAUAGAGACAGCAAAAUGGCCCUAAAUGCAAACGAUAUAACGGAGCAUGGGUCACACGUUUUACCUUUUAUGGUGGUUGCGGUGACUGAUCCAACUGCUGCACGGCCUCUAUGAUGCUUCUAAAGGAUCCAUGUCAGCAAGUUAACGGAAGUUCUCCACGGGAAGUUUGUUUAAUCGCUACUUCUCGUUUGUUGUGAAUUAAGAGUGUCGCACGCCUGCCCCAUCGUGAAACCUGCGUCGCAAUGAAGCCAUGUUCCAUCUGUUCUGCUUGCCAGUUUAUCCAGAGCUUGAUGUCGAGGGCCGCAUGUGUGAUAGUUUGUGGACAAUGAAGUUGAUGAGAAGGUGUGUGCAACAGUGCGUGUGAGAGAAUGAGGCACGCAUCAUGAUGAGUGUAUGUCUGUAGAACGAUCGUAGUAAGGCGGUGUUGCACUGUUCGAUUGCACGUACUUGGUUCACUAUGAAAGAGGCGAAUUGUACACAUAAUCUCUUGCAAGCUUGUAACUUGCAAUGCUCACAGGCAGAGUGUUUCAUUUCUUCACACCUUCUAUGUAUGGCAUA